GUCGCCGUGAAGCCGAGGCGCCCGGGACUCGGGUCCGGGUUUCUCAGGUCCGGGCUGGGGCGUGCGGCACCCGGCCAGGACGCGCUGUGCUUUCCGGGGAAGGAAGUGGCCGAGCCUGAAGACCCCGUGCGGCUGGGGACCGAGCCCGCCACGCAGGCGCCCGCGACGCCGCCGCCAUUGUUGCCUGUGGCCUCUCGGGCUGCUGGGGCUGCGCGUCCGCUGGGCCCGGCGACAGAAGCAUCGACAGGCUUCAAAUCACACCAGCCUCUCCUACUGCGUUCCAGUCCACCCACCUCAUCUAUCUUCCCAGCCCUCUGGAACCUAGAAUAGCUGCAGCCACCCUUUGAUAUAGGGUCUUUGUGACUCUAGCAUGACACUUCAAGCAGUUGGCUUACUACUGAAGAAAUAAAGAAUAUCACCAGAUUGACUCUACUGUCUGUAGCAAUGUUAGCCUCAAGCAAGAGGAUGUCCAGUUCGUCAUGCUCACAAAUCUUUCUAACGCGGAAGCCAGAAAAGGCUCAGAUUGGACACCACAAUUUUGAAAAGGAAACCCUUAUUUCACGACGAUUGCGUGACACUGAGACCUGUCGACAGAAUUUUAGGAAUUUUUCAUACUCAGACCUGGCUGGUCCUCGAAAGGCAUUGAGUCAGCUCCGAGAGCUCUGCCUUAAGUGGCUGAGACCUGAGAUUCACUCAAAGGAACAAAUCCUGGAGCUGCUGGUGCUGGAGCAAUUCCUAACCAUCCUACCUGGGGAGGUUAGGACUUGGGUAAAGUCCCAGUAUCCAGAGAGCAGCGAGGAAGCAGUGUCUAUCGUGGAGGAUUUGACUCAGAUUCUAGAAGAGGAAGCUCCUCAGAACUCUGCCCUUUCCCAAGAGACCCCAGAGGAAGACCCCAGAGAAAAACAUACUUUCCAGGCAGGGUGGCUAAAUGACUUGGUGACCAAAGAAUCAAUGACAUUCAAAGAUGUGGCUGUCGACAUCACCAGGGAAGACUGGGAGCUAAUGCGUCCCGUGCAGAAGGAGUUAUACAAGACUGUGACAUUACAGAACUACUGGAACAUGGUUUCUCUGGGACUUACAGUAUACAGACCAACUGUGAUUCCCAUAUUGGAAGAACCAUGGAUGGUGAUAAAAGAAAUUUUAGAAGGCCCUAGUCCAGAAUGGGAAACUGAAGCGCAAGUGUGUACUCCAGCACAGAAUAUUACUAAACUCACAAGUGAUGGAACCCAGACCAUCAAAUUAGAAGAAUUAUAUGAUUUUGAUGACACAUUAGAGAAGCAAGAAACAGAUACCUUCUGGAAAAUUCCCACUAAUGAAAGAAAUUUCCGUUUGAAGUCAGCCCCUUUACAAGAAGAUGACCCUACAGAAGAAUAUCUUAGUAAAUAUGACAUAUAUAGAACUGAUUUUGAAAAGCAUUCAAACCUAAUUGUACAGUUUGAUACCCAAUUAGAUAAUAAAACACCCGUAUAUGAUAUAGGCAGUGCAAUCUUCAAUCAUGUCUCACAUGGUAUUGUACACGGGAAAAUACUUCCUGGAGACAAGCCUUACAAAUGUAACGUGUGUGGGAAAAAAUUUAGGAAAUACCCAUCCCUCCUGAAACACCAAAGUAGCCAUGCCAAAGACAAAUCUUACGAAUGUGAAGAAUGUGGGAAAGAGUUUAGGCAUAUCUCAUCCCUCAUUGCACAUCAGAGAAUGCAUACUGGAGAAAAACCAUAUGAAUGCCACCAGUGUGGUAAAGCCUUCAGUCAGCGUGCACACCUCACUAUACAUCAGAGAAUUCAUACGGGAGAGAAACCCUAUAAGUGUGAUGACUGCGGGAAAGACUUUAGUCAGCGUGCACACCUUACUAUACAUCAAAGGACACAUACUGGAGAGAAACCAUAUAAAUGCUUGGAAUGUGGUAAAACCUUCAGCCAUAGUUCAUCACUGAUUAAUCAUCAGAGAGUUCAUACUGGAGAAAAACCUUAUAUAUGCAAUGAAUGUGGGAAAACUUUCAGUCAGAGUACACACCUUCUUCAGCAUCAAAAAAUACAUACUGGAAAGAAACCAUAUAAAUGCAAUGAAUGUUGGAAAGUGUUUAGUCAGAGUACUUACCUUAUUCGACAUCAGAGAAUUCAUUCUGGAGAGAAGUGUUAUAAAUGUAAUGAAUGUGGAAAAGCCUUUGCUCAUUCCUCAACUCUUAUUCAACAUCAAACUACUCAUACUGGAGAGAAAUCCUAUAUAUGCAAGAUAUGUGGGAAAGCCUUCAGCCAGAGUGCAAACCUUACUCAGCAUCACAGGACACAUACUGGAGAGAAACCAUAUAAAUGCGGUGUGUGUGGGAAAGCAUUCAGCCAGAGUGUGCACCUUACUCAACAUCAGAGGAUUCAUAAUGGAGAAAAACCCUUUAAAUGCAAUAUAUGUGGGAAAGCAUACAGACAAGGUGCAAAUCUUACUCAACAUCAAAGGAUUCAUACUGGAGAGAAACCCUAUAAAUGUAAUGAAUGUGGGAAAGCUUUUAUUUAUUCUUCAUCACUUAAUCAACAUCAGAGAACUCAUACUGGGGAGAGACCCUAUAAAUGUAAUGAAUGUGAUAAAGAUUUUAGCCAGAGAACAUGCCUUAUUCAACAUCAGAGAAUUCACACAGGAGAGAAACCCUAUGCAUGCCGUAUAUGUGGUAAAACUUUCACCCAGAGUACAAACCUUAUUCAGCAUCAACGCGUUCAUACGGGUGCCAGGCAUCGUAAUUAAUGAAUAAGGGAGACUUCAUUGAGGUUUUACUUGAUCAUUUAAAUUUUAUUCUGUGCACUCUGUGUUAAGAUGUUAUCCAAUAGAAAUCCAAAGUGCAAUAUUUUAGGUACCACUCAACAGAAGUAUUAGAAUUAGUAAUACAGAUAUAACCUAUUUAAAUUUAAUGUGAAAUUUAAGAAGAAAACCUCAUUGACUUCUUAAUCUUUAUUUGAUACCAGUUUAGUUCUUGAAAGAAACCCUUUGACAGUGUAUUCAAAAACCUCUAAUUCAUCAACUCUUACUGUAUUUCAAGUACAUCUCAGUGAGGCCUUAUGAGUAUAAUUUUGGAAAAUGUACAUAAAAUGAGAUUUCACUAUAAAGGGUGAUCCUGAGAUUAUAGAAAGAGAAAUCUGUGUUCAGGCCUUUAUAUCUUCCCAGCACUGAAGCCUUAAAAUAUGUGAAGGGUUCCCUCCCCUUUUCAUGCCAUAACUGCCAUAUGGAGCCUGUAGAUUUGCAAAAAAACAAAAAGUGGAAAGUAUCUUAAAGAUUUCUCUGUGACCACUGCUUAGAGUUUCCCUCAAAUACUGAAUUAUUAAAGGAAGAGAAGCCUAAAGAUAUGUUCAGAUAGAGAAACUAACAUGUACGUAACACUUAGACAUGUAUACAUAUUUAAACAGACAAAAAUAAAACACUUAAAAGCUUAUUAAUCUUUAAAACAUGUUAGCCUCAGUUUCAUUAGGUUUUGACAUCCAAGGUCAUCCAGAAGGGAAAAAUAAGCACACAGUUCCCAUUUUUUUCACCUGAUUCCUAAAUUUAUAACUUAAGAUUUCUCUGUGACUGUUUUACUGUGGAAAGUCCAUUUCUUCCAUUAAAACACAUUGGUUGAGUGGCUCCUAUGCUCAGGUCCCAAACUUCCUAAUUGGAUCUUUUUAGGGCUUAAUACAGUGUUGAAAAAUCACAGCCAAUUUAAGCAACAAAAAGCUUUCUAGAGUAAUGAAAGUAAGGACGUGAUCUUAAUUAUUCUGUCAUGGAAUGAACAUAAGAAAUUGCCAAAUGCUGCCUAUAUACCAAGACAAGGUAGUCAUAAAAGCAUCUGUGUAGAAAUGUGAUAAAAUAAGUGGUGGAGAAUAGACGAGUUCACUGCAGAAAGUGGGUCAGGGAUAAAUGGGAAAGCUUAAUGGAGUGAAGAAAGAAUGUAUAAGUAACUACUAUACAGGAAAUGUAGUUGGACUUGCUUUACCUAAGAAAAUAAGAAUGGCUACAUAAAAAAGCAAAAUUCAGCCUGCUUAAAAGAAGAAACUAAAAACAAAAUGAUCUUUAUUUUUAUUUUUGCAGUUUUUGGCCGGGGCUGGGUUUGAACCCGCCACCACCUGCAUAUGGGACUGGCAUAUACAAUCCCUACUUCUUUGAGCCACAGGUGCCGCCCAAAAAUGACUGGUACCUUUUUACAUAAAAGUAAAAUAGAGAUGAUUCUUUUAAUAGGAAAGGAAAUUCUAUUGGAAAAAGCAUUGACACAGAAACUUUCAUUGGUGCAGUAGUCAUCAAACAUUGAUAACUGAGUUCUUGAGUCUUAAACAGCAUAAAAGGAAAACUGGCAGGAAUGCAAAUGGAAAUAGGUACAAGCACUAUUAUAUUUAAUAUUCACAGAAUUUCACUACCUGAAUAUAAGACCAUAUUCUGAGAACUUAGAUUUCAUUUUGUUCAUACUUGUUUCUCCAGUGCCUUGCAUAUAGCAUGUGGUCAAUACUUAUUGGUUGAAUUAGUGAAUAAAUUACAUAAACUAGAAUAUUAAGGUAGAAUUGACUGGCAUGGACUGAAAAUUGGUAGAAUUAACAAUGCUUUUGUGUGUCAAGAAAUAUUCAAUAAGUAUUAUUUACUGGGUAAUAGGAAUUGGUUAAAAAUGGAGAAUCAAAUUUCCUGGGACAUCUUUGUACAAGGAAAUUUUCCUGAGCUAAAUGAGGGAAAAUUGAUACAGAUUCUGGUGCCAUAAUUAACAAUUUAAGCAUUACUGGUCAUGCAGCUUCAUUUGGACAUCACUGGUUAUAUAAACAUCCUAUGAACAGGUGCUGAAGGAAAGACCUGGGGUGCUAGCAUCUUCAAAGCUGUAUCGAAUGUUUUCUUUAUGAAACUCUUACUCUCUUUUCCUCACCUUGGCUAACCUUGACGUCAAUUAUCAUCCUUCACAAAGCACAGGUUGCCAAAUACUUAAAUUGUGCUCAUUCCAUAGUUACCAUGUUAAAAGAAAAAGUUGUGUUGAAGAUACACUUUGUGAUGCCACUUCAUCCCUAACAUACUUCUUUCUCUUGGAUGAACAUGUGAAGUGUUACCGUUCAUAGCACCUUCCUUUUCAUUACUUUGUAUUUCCUGCCUUUGUGUGUUUUAUGUAAAUAAUGCAUUUAUAAAGUCUUCCACUGAGACACAGAGAUAAUUGAUGCCCUUAUAAAAGGAUAAUAGUGGAGAAUCCUAGUUCUUUGUGUAUUUUUUCCAACUUUACAAUUGUCUGACCCAUGAAUAAUUCAACAAUUGUUAGCAAAUAGUCCACAACUUAUUUUGAAAGUGGUCAAAUACAAAAAAAAUUUAAAAAUAA